AAUAUUGCCGCAUGCACCCCAAUACGCCACGAGCAUCACCCGCUCCACAGAACCAACAACAAACCAACCGACGACCGAAAACCACGGCGUCCGGGGUACAAAAACAUUACUGUGACCACCACCAGCGGUACGUCCUACACACGACCCCAGAAUGCUCGCUUGGGCAGAACCCACGGCCCAACACGGCCACGGGUAACCAAUCACCACAAAACCUCCAAUCGUGUACCUAUCACCCAGGCCGACUGGUUGCACACUCGACAGCAGAAUGCCAAAACAACCCGGCCAACCAGGUCACACGGCGGCAAAUUGCCCAAACCAGGGAAACGCCAAGAUUGGGCAGUGAUGGCUGUCCUCUGCUCGAUCCCCCAAGAUACAGACGACAGCCUCACGAUCAUCAUCGGAAUCAAGAACAAACGCGUUACAGCGCUGAUUGACACUGGAGCCACCAGGUCAUUCAUGGCAACCGACGUCGCAGCCGAAGUAGGGCUCACACCCCACCCGACAAAAGCGAAGAUCUCCGCAGCCGUCUUACACAUCUCCGCCGACAUCAGCCACUCGACCCAAAAGCUGGGAUAUGACUUAUUCAUCUCCAUCUGA